AAAGUGCAGGCGCACGCCUAACCCCCGAUUGACAGCAACCGCAGAGUUCUCUCGUGCGACGAUGCUCCGUGUUUGAAGACUUCCCAGUGGAACCGAAAGCUCGAGGUUGCGGCCGACGACAAUGCGGAUAUCGAAGGGGAAACGCUGGCUGACGGUGGUCGCUCUGGGCCUUGGGACCGUGAAAGGGGACGUCAUUUUCGACGCCUCCAGGUUCAAGGGGGAUUAUAAUGAAAGCCAAGCGAUUUUUGAAAUCAACCUCAUCUACGGCAAGCAGUUCACAUGGACUGCUUCGCAAGGUGUCGUGGUCGAUGAGAUAAUCCUUUUCGCCAAUUAUACCGUCCCGAUAGGCUCGGUGAAGUUCAUGGGUUCGACUCCAACCAACAUCAACGGCCCCCCGUUUCAGAUUCAGACUCCGACUGCGACUCCGUCUGUAAAUCCGCAAGAUUCGGAACAACCUGGCGGUUUGACGAAGCGGGAAGGCAUAAAUGUAAGCGGGAUUAAGAACGUGACGCUCCAAGUUGAUGGAAAUGCGGUGUCUAUUGGCCCCGAUUUCACCCCCGACUUAUUAGAACGGUUCAAUGUGGGCGUGCCGCUCUAUUUUGAAGCUAGAUGGGCCGGACCAAGGGAAGACUAUAGCGAGAGCUACAGUCAACUUUUCACCAUCGUCAAAGAUGUGACUCAGUACAAUCAACUUGUCACUGAAGCCCCCUCCAGGUUCUCCAACCAGGAGCCCUAUAACCCCCCUCCCUCGCCGAUACCUAGUGCGAAUGGCCAAAUCCCAGAUUCCACAAGCGGACAGCCAGUCGGGAACUCUAACAUAUCCCAGAAGGCCCCUAAUGGUGGGGGAGGACUACCCAGCGGCGCCAUCAUUGGAAUCGCCGUUGCUUGCGGCGUGGUGGGCCUAGCUCUCGUCUUCGGGCUCGUCUGGUACCUGCUGCGCCGACGGCAGCAGAAGAAGGCCAUGCUCCCUGUCGACUCCGCAUAUGGCUCCGGAAACCGCGCCGAAAAUCUCAUGGCCGAGAAGGAGGCGGCCGCCGACGUCGAGGUCAGCCCCAAUUCGCCCUAUUCCGACGAGGGUGCUUCAGGAGCCGGCCCCGGCGGCACGUAUCAGCGCGGCGCGGCACACGGAGGGGAAGCGCUUGCUGCAGGCGCGGCCGGCAGCCCACGGCAGCCCCAGCAGGACCAGCCGCGGUCCUUCACGCCAUACUCGGACCGCCCAAGUGCGAGCGCGGCCGCCGCUGGUACGCCUAGCAUACGCGCGGCGUCGCUCGCGCAGACCGAUGAGGCUCGCGUCAGCGUGCCAAGCACCACCCCAGGUCGGGCGACACCAAGGGCGCUACACACACCGUAUGCGCACUUAGUCGAGGAGGGCAUGACGGAGGAGGAGAUUCGGAGGUUGGAAGAGGAGGAGCGGCAGCUGGAUGCCGCCAUCGAACAGGCCGGGAGGCGUUGAGUCGUUGGCCGAUGGGUCUGGUGAGGAGGGCGUUGAUUCUCUUAGCUUCAUGUUCACUAUUUCCAAGAAAGUCACUCGACCAAGCUCUCAUGAAGAUUCCCACGACGUUUUAUGUUGCUCAUGGCUGCGAAAGAGGUAUUGCGCGUUGCAUUGGACCGCCGUUCGUUCCAUGGGUUACCUAGGCAGCCUUGAUACUUCGAAAGACGCCCCCUUUUACCACCGCUUUGUCCAACCUGACAAACUCGACUUUUAGAACCGCGAUAUCAGCUCUACUGGGUCUCUUUAGCGCUGGCAACACGGUAGUAUAAGUCAGCCGGUUUGCAGGCCUGCUCCGUCCGCCAAGCGAUAUCAGAAAGCUCUAGUCUAGCUUUGUCAGUUGCGCUACCUGUGACUUGGCUCUGUACGUUCCGUCCGCAGUGACGCUAGUACCGACCGGUCCGAAAGGGGAACCACGGGAAUCAAAAACACGCGGUAUGGGAAACGUUCUCAAUA